GGAAGCGCGCGUCCGCGUCUCUGAAGAAGCGCUUCAUCGGAGGGAGUCAUCAUCUAAGCAAUACCAUACAACCGCAGCACAGCAGCAGAGAGCAUCAUGGGAGGAGCAGUGGUGGACGACGCGCCUCCAGGUGUGAAGGCUCCAGACGGCGGCUGGGGUUGGGCAGUGUUAGUCGGCGGCUUUGUCAUCACCGGUUUCUCCUAUGCUUUCCCCAAGGCGGUCAGCGUCUUCUUCAAGGAACUGAUCCGAGAGUUUGAUGUUGGCUACAGCGACACGGCCUGGAUCUCCUCUAUAGUGCUUGCCAUGUUGUACGGCACAGGCCCUCUGUGCAGCGUGAUGGUGAACAGGUACGGCUGUCGGCCCGUGAUGAUGUUCGGCGGUUUCUGUGCCUCUCUGGGAAUGAUUCUGGCCUCCUUCGCCACCAGCAUCAUCCACAUCUACCUCUGCACUGGAGUUAUUACUGGUCUGGGUCUGGCAUUGAAUUUCCAGCCGUCUCUGAUCAUGCUGAAUCGAUACUUCAACGAGAAGCGUCCUCUGGCUAAUGGCCUGGCAGCGGCCGGCAGCCCCGUGGCGCUGUGCUGCCUGUCCCCUCUGGGCCAGUUUCUCCAGUAUCAGUACGGCUGGAGGGGGGGCUUCCUCAUACUGGGAGGGCUGCUGCUCAACUGCUGUGCAUGUGCUGCCCUCAUGCGGCCACUGGUGCCCCCUAAGAAGCCCCAGGAGCUAGAGCUGGGCGACCCCACAGCUGUAGAGAAGGAGAAGAAGCCCCCACCCAAGAAGAAGCUGUUGGACUUCAGCGUGUUUAAGGACAGAGGGUUCGUCAUCUACACCAUUGCAGCGUCCAUCAUGGUCCUUGGUCUGUUUGUGCCUCCGGUCUUUGUGGUCAACUAUGCUAAAGGGCUCAAAUAUGAGGACACCAAGUCUGCACUGCUGCUCACCAUCCUAGGAUUUGUUGAUAUGUUUUCUCGGCCCACCUGUGGACUCAUAGCCGGUCUGAAGUGGGUACGGCCCAGGUGUGUCUACUUCUUCAGCUUGGCCAUCAUCUUCAAUGGGGUCACUGACCUUGUAGGCUCACAGGCAACAGACUACGUUGGUCUGGUGGUCUUCUGUAUCUUCUUCGGUAUGUCGUACGGCAUGGUGGGAGCGCUGCAGUUCGAGGUCCUGAUGGCGAUUGUCGGGACAGAGAAGUUCUCCAGCGCCAUUGGGCUGGUGCUGCUGAUGGAGGCCAUCGCCGUUCUAGUGGGACCUCCUGGAGCAGGUCGCCUCUUGGACACCACCCAUCAGUACAUGCACGUCUUCCUGCUGGCGGGCUGCGAGGUCACUCUGUCGGCCUUCGUCAUUGCUUUAGGAAACUACUUCUGUAUCAAAAAGAAAGAUGAAGAACCCGAGGCGAAGCUGGAGAGGGCUGUGACGGAUGCAGAGAGAGAUGGACUGAACCCUGGAGGGGAGAAAGUGGAGGAUGAGGAGGCAGAAGAGGAGCAGAGAGGGAAGGAGAAUGGGAAUAUCAGCCCAGAGAGAGCGGAUGAAGACGUGGUGGUGGUGAAGGAGAACGGGGUGACGAGUGGAGAGGAGAACACAUCGAUGUGAAGAAUCAGAGCACGGAUGAUGAGGCUGUGCAUGAAUAGGACAUGAGUGAGAAAAGAGGAUGAUCUGUGGUGGAGGAUGGAGGAGGGUGAUGGUACUGUCUAAAUGCUGCAGUCAUUUUCCUAUAAAAUUUGCCGCACCAGUGGCAACAGAUACCAGCUUCCACUGGGUUUGACACCUGAUCUAAAAUGCUACCUAGAACAAAGAUAUAUAAGGUUGAGUUUGUGCACUUUUAACCAUCGUUUUCUCCAAGACUGAUAUUUUUCUUUAUUCAGGACCCAAGCUUUUAUUUUUCAUGAAAAACCAACGUACUUUCUACUUCUGUUUAUUUUGGAGCUUUUUUACCAAAUAAGCUGAAAUCAGCAGUCACCAUGAUGCUUUGAGGAGGGAGAUUGUUUAGAUAUAUAGUAUAUUCAGAAAAAAAGGGAAGGCAUGUAAGGGGUAUGGUUGUCACAAUGUUAAAAUUUAGAACUUCAUAUCUGGUGAAAGACAAACAAUAUAAAUGUGGGUGUCCAUACUAUAGCAUCAAAAAUGUAUAUCAAGGCGGAAUACACCCUGGAUGGACGCCAGUCAAUCACAGAGCUGAGAUAUAGAGACAGACAACCAGGCACGCUCACACCUACAUUCACAACUAUGACCAAUUUAGAGUCGCCAGUUAACCUAAUGAGCAUGUCUUUGUUAAUGGGAGUGAGAAGGAGAGAACCCACGGGGAGAACAUGCAAACUCUGCAUAGAAAGGCCCUGACCAGGAAGCAAACCAGCUUACUGUGAGGCAGCAGCGUUAACCUCUUCCUGCCAUGCAGCCCCUAAGCACAAACAGAACUACAGAAUUCAGAAGUCUGCCGUUGUUGUUGUAGUCAGCCUGCCCACACAAGGCUGGGACAGUAUAAACAGCCUCUGUUAUCAGAAGAAACUCCUUUGUUCUAGUUAACAUGACAAUGAAAAUGGCUCUCUGGAGCACAGUUUUUUAAAACUUUCCAUUUUAAAGUACCCAAAAUAUACCACUAGACCAGUGUCAAUUUUGUUGACUAAAACUAAGACUGAAAAUGUUCGUCAACAGCCUUUUUUCAUGAGAACGACUGGACUAAGACCAGCCAAAAAGAGAUCUUUGAUGAGUGAAACUGACAAAAAGUAAGUUUAGUUUUAGUCAACAUGACUAAAACGAGACUAAAAUGUAAUUUAGUUUCCAAAAUCCAUGAUAUUGCUCCACUGUGGGUGAAUCUGUCAAAGUACAAUGCAUCUGUAGCUAUUCUGCCUCUCAGCUGUAGAAAGCAGGGACCCCAGGUUUAGCAGGGUGCAUAGAACUCACAGCCAUGGUUUGGUACCAGAUUUAGGCAAGAAAAUAAAUGCUUGGACUAAAAGUAAGACUAAAAUGUGAGGACUUUUAUGGCCUAAAACUAGACUUAAAUGUUUUUCAGUUUUUGUUGACUAAAACUAGACUAACUUUAACCGUAUCAUCUAACGACUAAGACUGAGACAAAACAAAUAGCUGUCAAAAUUAACACUACUCUAGACCAGUGUUUCCCAGUCGCCCCCCCCCGCAUACUUAAAAAAGCAGCGCAGAGAAGAAAAAGUGACACACUGCCGUCAAAAAUCAACAUAGAUUUUAAUUGUUUCACAGAUAAAACCCUAAAAAGGCCUAUGCAUGCUUUUCUUAUCAAAAGACCUUUGUAUAAACUACUUAACUGCUUUAUCAUGGUUUUUUGUCAGUAUUUGCGAAUUUAAUUUGGGGGGCCUCAGAGCCCUCCUCCAGACAGAUUUUAGCAUUUUUUUUUUUUUUUUUAAUCUGAGAGGAUCAUUAUUUCCCCUGAGUGGGCGUGGCUUCUGCUCAUUCAACACACGCCCACACAUUCCUGGAGCAGGUUUUACUGCCUCAUUUUUCAUGAUUUUGAGCUUAAUUUGAUGAACUUAGAGAUGUUUUAUCUGACUGAACCUGGGGAUAAUAAUAACAAAGUGGCCUGUCAUACAACAAACCUAAAUACAGAUUUAUGAUCACUUUACAGAGUCUGUGAAUUCUAAGAGGAGUGUAUUUCCCUUGAGUGGGCGUGGCUUCAUCUCAUUUAACAGACACACCAACACCACUCAGGACCAGAUUUUACUCUCAUUUUCAUGAUUUUGAAACUUAAUUUUUAUGAAUUUCGAGAUGUUAUGAAAUUCAUGAUGAAAUUUUACUUGUUGGUUCAUAUCACAGUGGUCUGUCAUUUAACAAAUCCACAUUCGGAUUUAUUAUCUCCUCUACAGGGUCUUUAAGGAUCUAUUGUCACUUUUCAUGUGCUUAUUUCAAGAGCACUUUUCUUGUCUGCACUUUGUCUUUAUUUAUUGAGAAUAUUUAUUGAGAUUUAAUGAAACAAGCAGAUGAAAUCUGUAUUAAAAAAGGUGAUUUUAAAAAAAAUCAGUGGAUUUUUAGCAACUCCACCCUUGUCAUGUUGAACUAAAAGUUUUUGUCAUUGUUCUUUAUUGCCAUAACUCAAACAGGAGAAAAAGCUCACAAUUAUAAUUUUACUCAAAAUAUCACCUUUAUUCUAAAUGUUUAACCCCCGCUCUGAACACAUUGACCUUUUACAUUGUAAUACUUAAAAAGUCCUUAAAUCAUAACAAAAAUUCCACAUUUCUUCCACUGUGUCUGUCAGAACUUUUAACAGAUAAAUUAUUAUAUAUCUGAAAAUGGUGUAAUCAUUUUCAUACUUGAAUGCCUUGAUUAUGUUUGUAGUGUUUUUUUUGUCAUGAACACCAGCACAUUUCUGAUCUUCCUGUCAGGUUAAAUGGUCCUUCUCCUGUGUGCCGUUGUUGCUCACGUUGCAGCAAUUAAAAAUGUUUUGUUGCAGUUCGCUGUGCUACAAUUAUGUAACAUCAUCCAAUUGAAGUGAUUAAUUUGCCAGUAGGACACCGGAUUACCCGUUGUUAAUCCGGCUGCAGUGUAAACUGCUGAUGAAUGUACUGGACGUCCUGUUGUGUCUGUGCUGCUGUAAAGAUCUGCUUCAUGUUGUUGACAGGAAAUCUCGUUUGUUGGAAUGAUGCUGGGAUUUUCUGUAUGUACUCUAUGCCUUCUGUGUCUGAUCCUCAGACAGCAGAACAAAAAGCACUUGUUUGGGUGAAGAAAUGUAACUUAUUCUAUUUUUUUGAGUGAUAUUAAACAACACAGGCAUGUGAUGUCUGAUAUUUUGUCCCAAAUAAAUAUCUUCUGUUGAG